UUGCAAAUAUGUCAUUAUACGAUUCAAUUUCCCCCUUACUAUUAACAUUGCUUUUAUGCUACAAAGACAUUUCAUGCAGUUUAGUCACUAUCGACAUUAGCCAGAGUGCGUCAGUGGCACAAUAGUUUAUCUAACAGUCGCAUAUAGUGCUUAUAGGUCAAUUUCUUAUUAAUGGCAGAUAAUAUUUUGGCCAUAGUUUUAAAAGCUAAGCGGCCUUCUUUUCAAAAUCUAAACCUGUCCUAAUUAUAUUUGCCUAAAUAGUUAUUGAAACCAACAAAUUGCUUUCCCUUUUUUCAUUGUAGGUAAGAUAAUAAUGAGUAAUCGAACUAGACUGAUAGUAAAAUUGGCGAGACAACAGUUUCUACUGGAUGAAGAGCAUGAUGUGUGGGAGGUUUUAUCUAAUAAUGCAGCAGCCUCGGCAUAUCAAAGGACUGCAGACUGGGUUGCUGACAUUCCGGAACCUCUGCAAUUAACUCCCGUAGCAGUUCAGGAAGCUGAAAUGGGACCAGAACUGACUUACACUGAACUGAUGCCAGUUGAUACUGAAAAUUAUAAAAGUGAUCUUUUGUUACCUAAUGGAAAUCAUGAGACUGACACUGUAGCUUUUCCUGGAAUUCAUCAAGAGACUGAACCUGUAGCUGUAGCUUGUGCUCCAGGUAAUCACCAGACUGAUGAAGACUGUAAUAGUAAUAAUUUUGAGGUUUCUCGUAAUAAUGAGACUGAAUCGAUACCUUCCACUGGACAUCAGGUGCAUUUAGGACUUCACCAGUUGAAAGUCUGUAUGUGUUAUGUUCGGAACCCUCUCUUCAUUUCCGUCGCUCUAAACUGUCAUUGGAUUAUUAUUUUAAAAUUAAAUCGAAGUCACUUCAUCCACUAUACUCUUGUGUCGUUCAUCCACAAUACACCACUCACUUCUCCUCGCGUCCAUCUUAUAUACCUUCGUUUCGUUUGGGAUUAG